AUGGUUUUUCAAGUACCCGUUUACUUUUCCAUAAUAUUAAUAUUAGUUCAUGGAAAGGACUUAGACCCAGGUCCUCAAAGAUUAUCAAUAACAAAUUUUUCAUCACCAACCAAAGCACACAGACAGUUUGCCACUAAGGACGCUAUAGUUUACUUAACGCCAAGUCAAAUAAAAGACCUUGAAUCUGGUAAAGCCGAACUAAGAUAUAUGGCACCCGAUCAAAUAACAAUUAACAAAUUCCCCAUCAAUCAGAGGGAACCUUAUCAAAAUCAAGAAUCGUUUCAUCGUCAUCUUGCGAAUUUAAAUAUCCUAAAAGCACAGCUAAUACCAGAAACGUUAAUACCAUACAAUCAAGUAAAAUUAAUAAGAAAACCAACAGAAAAAUAUCCUCAAAGUUCAGCCAAUUUUAGGGUCUUUCAACAUGAGCCACUGAGUCUCAUUAAUCAACAGAUAACUGACUGGAGGCCCAUUACUCCAGUAAAUAUUUUACAUCAACAAAACAUAUAUGCUAAACCUAUAAAACAAACUGAACAACUGAACUUCGAUCUACAUCGAAUCCGUGGAGGACAGAAAACACUACAACCUACCGUAAAGCAUUCGACAACGCCAGCUCUAAUAGUAGGUACCUUAUGA